AGCUCCAUUCACACUUACUAGUGUGCACUGCAUCUCCAUUCGCAGAAGACAACAACUGGACUACAGGAGGAGAAGUUACAGACUGAACACCAGUCUGUAUCAAUUUACUUCACAAGCUCUGGUUGAACAAACCCAGUGCUCUUACCCUGUAAAACUGACUGUACACCGAGAGUGAUUGUUUUGAACUGACUUGCUAAACAGAGCUAAUCCACCAUGGCAUGUGAACAAGACUACUACACUAUCAUGUAUGGGCUGCAAGAGCUUGAUUUUGAAGGGAAAGCAGUGCCCAGUGAUCUUGUACUAAUAGGUGAACAUGCCUUUCCACUUGCCAUGAAUCCAAGAGGUCAGGUGCUGAUGGCUGCAUCUCAUUACGGUCAGGGACGUGUGGUGGUGUUGGGACAUGAGCAAUACCUAACACACUUCCCUGGCCUGAUAGAGAAUGCCCUUAUGUGGCUCAUGCCAUGUACCGGUGAUGCUGGCAUUGUAGGGAUUCAGAAGAGUUUACGUUCAGUAGCUGAAAACUUGAAAUACUGCCCUAUCAAGACAGAGCUAGGAGACUUUCGGAAUGGAUUAGCUAUAUAUAUCACAGAUGCUUGCAGUGUUGAGAACUGUGCAAAGGAUCUGAUAGCUUUCAUCAAAGCUGGGGGUGGCUUGAUCAUUGCUGGCCAGGCCUGGAGUUGGGCUGCUGCCCACCCGCAAGAAAACACUAUAAGGAACUUCCCAGGAAACAAAGUGUGCAGUGUUGCAGGAAUUUACUUCUCGGAACACCAAGGAGAAGUUGGCAUCUUUCCUGUUCCAAGAAACAUCCCUUCUAGUUGGCUUGCUGUAUCUAUAGGCAAGGACUUUAAAGAUGACCUACAGUUCCUGCUAGAAGGUGUGUCUGAGUUUGAUGUCCAAGGUGGGGCUAUAGCAUCUGAGUUGAUGGUGCACGGACCAUUAGCAUUUCCUAUUGCAGUCACUCCAGCUGGAAAAGCAUUCAUUGCUGGUGCCUAUUAUGGACAAGGUCGCGUAAUCCUGGUAUCACAUGAAGGCUUCAUGGGACGGGAAUCUCUGUCCACUUUCCUGAUCAACGCUAUCAAGUGGCUUGAUGAGGGUCGCAAGGGUGUUAUUGGGAUUCUACCCAACCUAAAGGCAGCCCACACAGUACUGAGCAAAUCUGGUUUAGAUUGCCAGUUGACUGGUUUUAAAGAAGAUCUAAGCGUCUAUGUUUGCACUUCAUACAGUGAUGCCCAAUGUGCAGAGAUCCAAGAAUUUGUUGCUGAAGGCGGUGGUCUUAUGAUUGGGGGUCAUGCCUGGUAUUGGGCCCAGACCCACUGCGGCUGCAAUGUGAUGACUGAUUAUCCAGGAAAUCACAUUCUUAAUAAGAUGGGAUUGUGUCUCUUGGGCAGCACCUUGGGUGGAGGGUUAUACAAAGCCCCAGAAAUUGAGCAUAGUUGUAAAGAGGGGUACCACUUUCGUAGCAUGCUGCAUCGGUUUGCUGAACAUGUAAGCCUUGGGCAAGAAUUGACUAAUCAAGAACAGAGCUGCUUGAAACAGCUGGGCAACGACUGUGCCAGUUACCUUCGCAUGCGAUCUCAUGACAGUGCCGCCUAUACUUCAAUGGUAGGUCUUCUUAGUGACAUAGUGAAGGAGGUAGGUGUUCCACAAGUGUGUAGUAACUGCCCUGUUCAAAGUGCCAAAGACUACCUGAUGCUCCAUGUUGGGACUGAGGUAUACAAGGUGUCACCCGAUCCUGAUGCCCUUCUUCCAUACAUCAUUAAGGACAGACCUAACUUGCCAACUGUGUCUAAUGCAAGAGUUCGGAUCACUGCCAGCACUGGAGCUUGUGAAGAAUGGAUAAGCACAGGGUUAUAUCUUUCUCCUGGUAUGAAGACGUACAUAGCAGUACCUCCAGAGAUCGUUGGGAAAAACUGGCAGGUGCAGCUUGGUUGCCAAACAGAUAAUAUUGGUGGAGCAAACGUUCUGAAACGUGCUCCCGUGGUCCAUGAGCGAUUCCCUUUGGGCACAGAGAUGGUCCAAGUCUGCAAUCUAUGGGGAGGGCUCAUCUAUCUAAUAGCACCUCCUCAAAGCAAAGUGGAUGGGGUGGAAAUUGUCGUGCAGGUCUCAGUACAGGCUCCAUACUUCAAGUCUGGAGAGACCAGUGUUACUGACUGGGUGGACAGGAUCCGUCAGGCACCCGCCCCCUGGGCGGAGCUUGAGUUUGAGAACAUCAUCAUAACAUUAGAAUCAGAAUAUAUAAGGAAUCUGGACCGCCCUGACGAGGUGGCUAAACUUUGGGACACCAUAAUGAGAAGCAUAGCUGACCUGGCAGCAAGGCCUGCCAAGUUCCCCCGCAAGGAGCGGUUUGUUGCAGAUGUUCAGAUCUCUCAUGGUUUCAUGCAUGCUGGAUACCCUAUCAUGAUGCACUCCACCUCUGCCCCAGCUCUAGUAAAUGUACAGGGAGCCUAUAAAAGUGGCAUGUGGGGAUCCAUUCACGAGCUGGGUCAUAACCAACAGCGUGGAGUUUGGGAGUUCCCUCCACACACCACUGAGUGCACUUGCAACCUGUGGUCAGUGUACAUACAUGAGGAAGUGCUGGGUUUAAAUAGGUCAAAUGCUCAUCCAGCCAUGACUCUAGAAAACCGUCAGGCUCGUACCAAGAUGUAUUGCAGUGGCGGUAAGGAUUUAAAAAGCUGGAGUAUGUGGACAGCACUCGAGACAUACAUGCAGCUUCAGGAAAAAUUUGGCUGGGAUGCUUUCAGGAAAGUUUUUACUGCCUACCAUGAUAUGAAUGGAGUGCCAAAUUGCAAUGCAGGCAAGAUGAAUCUAUAUGCUGAGACCUUCUCCAAGGUGGUCAACAUGAAUCUUUGCCCUUUCUUCAAAGCGUGGGGUUGGCCCAUCCAGCCCAGCACACAAGAGAAGAUCUCUCAUCUCCCUGAAUGGAAUGACCAUCCUAUGGUCCAGUAUGCAUAGGAACAUCUCAGAUAGCUUGUAAAAUGUACAGUGCAAGUUUUAAUGUAGCUAAUGGGUAAUAUUAAGUAUACAAAUGAUAUAUGCUUACCUGGAAUGUCAUGGAAAUUAACAUUUCUUAUAAGUACAUAGAUGUGCAAUUGAUUCAUGUCAGUGUAAAGUUAUAAAAUGUUCAGAGCACUUGAUAUUAACUAAAGGUGGCUAUAGGCUAGUGGGCUAAGGUUAAACAGAAUCAGAACAUGCAUGUAAAAAGCAUGCAUUUUACAUGCACAACAUAUAGUAUACUUUUCAUAAAUACUAAAAACUGUGUGCACUGCAAUUAACAGUAUGGCAUGGUAUUUUGUAUUGGUGUAUUUGCCUUUUUUAUCCAAGAGAAUAAACCAUAUAUAGUAUUUUAAAAGACUCUGAAUGGUGCAUAAUGUUGAUGUGACUUGAAAAUACAGAAUUAAGCCCUCUUGCUAAUACUCAAGAGAUUGAAUAAAUUCAUGUGAA